AUCUUGAAGACUAUAGAAAGGUCUUUCCUAGAAGGCCGCGGACUGGAGGCCGCUCGGCGCAUGCGCGUUUCGGGACUUUCGGCGGCUCCAUGGCGUCCCGCUUUCUCUGAGGCCCCCCGUGCCUGAUUUCCUUUCCCUUGGAUUGGCUUCGGAAGCGCCGGAGGCGAGAUGGCUUCCCGACGGAUGGCGCAGGACUCUUUCGACACCCUCGUGCAGGUCAAGGCAAAACGGUACCGAAUGGACCCAAGUGACCCCCUUAACAAGGCGCUUCAUCAGCUGAGAGUUCAUUCUCGGCCAGUGCUCCAGACUUCGUAUGGUGAUGAGGAAGAGGACCUCCAUGAUGACAGGAAAUACACCCAGAGUGACUGGGCGAAAGAGUCUAGGGGCGAUUAUUCGGGCCCUUCCUAUGCCUCCGGGAGCCGUGACCUGGAGGAAGGGAACUACUAUGAGAAAAGCUUCUCCCAGCUGCCUUCCUGGAGCCGAGGCUACCUCCAGCCAUCUCUGCGCGAGCGGGACUAUCCCCGCGCCUCAUCUACGGAAAUCGACUAUGGCGGUCCUUCUUCUAGAGACAAGGAUUACAGCCGCCUGGCCUCACGUGAUUUCCGGUCGCCGGGCCUUUUGGAAGAGGACAUCGGAGGGGGGCCGGGUUAUGACGCGGAGUAUCAUCUUGCUCCCAAGAGGGAUUUCGGCUCCUCUUUGCCUAUGGCCCGGGGAAGUGGUCUGCGGGGAAAACGUGCCGUGGCGACCCAUGCGAGGGCGCCGACUCAGGGAGACCUGGCUUCCUCUGGGAAGAAGUGGGUCGCUCCGAGUUUGGCCUCGGCUGAGGAUGUCCCGGUUGACCCCUUCGAGGAGCGAGCCAUCUCGUCGGCCCGCCUGGCACUGAGCCUGGGCGCUCAGAAGAACCUCCUGUCCCCGCGGAGUCUGAAAGGGGCCGAACGCUCCCAGGACGACAUGCCCUUCUUGGGCCCCGUUGAUGCCACGGAUGUUUUCUCCACUUUUGGGACCGAAAUCAUCAAAUGGGCUGGCUUCCACAAAGUGAAAAAGGACAAGGAGUGUUUAGAGCAGUUCCAGGCGCUCUUCACGGUGGAGACCGAGACCUGCGCCAAGAUGCUGGCCUCCUUCAAAUGCCCUUUGAAGUACGAGCACCAGCAGUUUUGCCUGUACAGCAUGAAGAACAUCCAGCACCUGGCCCUGAGGAAGCCGCAGGUAGACAACACCUUCCUGAACUUCCUCAUGGACAACAAGGUGAUGGAGACGAAGAAUGCUUUCUUCGAGGUGAUUGGACCGUUCGACCGGGUUUUGAUGAAGCUCCAGUACUAUAUCUUGAAGAGCACCACACCGCUGCUCAUGGCCUGCAACACCUAUGAGCUUAGCCUCAGGACCGACAGCAUCAGCAGCCUGGCCCAGAUGGCGGAGGCCUUCGAAGCCACGAUUUCUCUCUGCCGCAAAUCCUUGGUCCUUCUCGGGCAGACGUUUGCCCUGGCCUCUUCGGAGAGGCAGGAGAAAAUCUUGGAAGCUCUCGGCAUCCAGGAAGCGGCCCCUUCGCCCACCUUGUUCCCAAAUUUCGACACCUCUGCCUUGUUUGGGCGAGAGUACAUAGAGCACUUGCGGAGCUGGCUGGAGAAGAGUGGCUACCAGAUGCGCUUAAAGAGUGCGGCCCCGAGUUCUCCGUCUCAAAGCGUCCAGGAAACCAGGCCCAAGACAAAGGCCCUGCAACGGGCCGACCAGAAAGUGGCCGCGACCAUCGAGAAACUAGUGAACGAUAUCGUUUUGGGUGUGCUGACGGAAAGAGACAUGUCUGAGCUGCGAAGCGACCCUGAGUAUUGGUUUUUGCACGAAGAGGAAAGCCUUGAGCACAAGUAUUACAAGCUGAAGCUCUCCGAGAUGGAGAGGCUGAGGACCGAGGACGAGAAGGGCGAUGAGCAGCGUGUGGCAGAUGCCGUGCGAGCACUGAUAUACAGGAAGAAAAUCGCCAGCAUCAAGAAGAAGCUUUUUGCCAGGAGGAAGCCAGGGAUCCUGCAGCGGGCAGCCAGAGCCCGGAGAGGGAAGAAAGCCACGGUCGGGACCCAGACGCUGCUCUCCGCUGGCACGAUGCUGAAGCAGCUGCCGGCUUCGCCCCCAAGCCAGGAAGCCGAAGGCGACGAGGCUGCUCCACCGGACCCUUUAUCGGAUGCGCCGACACCGGGCCCAGAAGAGGCCCAACCCGCAGGAGGCGUGAUGGACCCGAAGGGGCCCUCUGAGAUUUCACAGUCAUUGGAGUGUCAGUUCCCUGACGUGGAUCCCAAAACCAUGAUCACAGCCCAGAAGCUGGCAGAGUUCGUUGCCGAGGUUGGGCCAGAGAUAGAGCAGUUCAGCAUUGAGAACAGCGCCGACAAUCCAGAUCUCUGGUUCCUGCAGGACCAGAAAAGCUCUGCCUUCAGAUUUUACCGCCUGAAAGUCUAUGAGUUGUGCCCUUCAAUCAGCUUUGGGACUGGGAAAGAAGCGUCGGAGGACCAUCCCAGCCCUGAUCCUGCGAAAGACCCCGGGGGGACAUCAAAGGAAGAGGGGGGCCACAGUGAAGCGGAAGGGGAGGGAGGCGGCGGUACGGAGACGGACGUGGCCGGCUCGACCGCAGGAGCCCCGCCGGAGGAGGGGACGGAAGCCAAAGCGGAGGUUGCUGGCGCCGGCGGAACAGCCGGGGGCCCUUCGGAGCUUCCCGCCCGGACUCCUGCUCGGGGGACCCCCUUCGGGCGCAAGAGGGUCAGCAGCAAAUCCUUGAAGGUGGGCCUGAUCCCAGCCUCGAAGCGUGUCUGCCUCAUCGAUGAGCCAAAAGUUCACGACCCGGUCCAGAUUGCUUAUGACCGGCCACGUGGUUAUUCGUCAUAUAAAAAUAAGAAGCAGCCGAAGGACCUGGAAUUCCAGCACAAGCGGCUGAACCAGAAGAACAUCGGCUUCCAGAUGCUUCAGAAGAUGGGCUGGAAGGAAGGACUUGGGCUUGGGACCCACGGCGAUGGCAUCAAGGAGCCGGUCCGAGUAGGUUCUACCUCUGCCGGAGAAGGCUUGGGCGUAACAGGAGACAAGAAAGAAGAUACUUUUGCUACAUUCCGUCAGAGAAUGAUCCAGAUGUAUUAUAUGAAAAGAGCCAAUAAGUAGUUUUUCAGGAUCUUUGUCAUGAAGAUUACAAGCGUCCAAGAACCCAUUUCUCUCCCGUCCUUAGGGAGUCUCUCUCUCUCUCUCAAUCCUGUGUCCUUUUUCUUUAUUUUUUGAAACACUAAAUUUUUGAAUGUGUUUCCCAUCCACCCACCCCUUCCCUUUCCAGUGGCGUUUUAACAGUAUUGACAAUUGGUAGAAGUUUGUUAGCCGACGGCUGAAUUAAAAGUUCUUUUCCCCAUGUUUAAUGGCAUGUAAUCCCUUUAUUUCUGAAAGUUGAAAAUAAACAGAACUUGGGGAAAAAUG